AUGUCCGAUCACAUUUCACAAAAAUGUAAGAACAUACCUAUAGCAAACUUACCCACGAAAAUCUGCAAUGUCGAACCAGUACCUGAGCCACCUCCACCAAACCCUUGCACCUUGCAACGAAUAAAACAAAAGGAAAAAGCUGGUAUCAAAAUAUGUCCAAGGAUUCCUGUAGAACAACCGCCACCACCAGCCCCCUGCGUUGCAAUUUGUAUAGAAAAAAUUAAGAAUCCACCCGUACCUCCAAGUGCAAAUGAACCUAUAGUAUGUGUCGUGCAACCGGAGAAAACGACCACAGAGAGAUGCGAUGCCAUUUUGGAUGCAGUUGCUGCACACCCUGAUCUACCCUGGCCUGGUUGUGCUCCUAAUCCUUUACCCCCACCUCCACCAAAAUACGACCCUUGCGAAGAACAGCUGAGGAAACAGAAAAUCGAAGAGUGCAAAAAACGAACGCAACGGUACUUAGAGUGA